AUGGAAUCCACCGGAGUGAGCGAGAAGAAAGAGAAUUUAAGCGAUGAAUUCGAAGAGAGCAGCAGCAAGAGAGGAAGAUGCACCGCCGUGGAGCCCGAUUCAAACUUCUGCGGCUUCGACGAUAUCCCUGAAGAUUUACUGAUAAAGAUCCUUCUGGGUUUACCGGCGAAGCCUGUGGGGAUGGCUAUGUGCGUCUCACAUCUCUGGUAUUCCCUAAUCGCCACCCAUGAAUUCACAAAAAGAUUCAUGGAGUCCCCGUCAUCCUUGAAACGGCCGCCGCGUAUCAUGGCGUCUCGUGUGGACAAGGAAGACCCGCGCAACUACGCAUUCCUGACGUCGCCUGAAGACAACAACCACUCGGAUUCCUCUGAGUACGUGUUUGAAGAUGUUCUGGAGAUGCCGGGAAUGGAAGGCGUCGUGGUGAAUGCUCUUCGGGGAUUGAUCUGUCUCAGGCUUGGAGCAAGUUUGCGGAUCUGUAACCUCACCACGAGGCAACUCGUCUUCUUGCCCGACCUAACAUCAACUCUUCUCGAGUCUGAAGACGACGACAAGAUAUGGAGCUACUUUGGGUACGACCCUGUUUAUGAUGAGUACAAAGUGUUGAGCUUUGUUUCGGAACUGAGCAAGGAAAACGACAGCGUAGUGAGAUCGGAGCAUCAGGUGUUGGUGCUCGGUCCCGAAGCUUCAUGGCGACACAUUGAGAGCAACGUUCCUCCUCCUCCUCAUCGUCCUUACUCGCGAGCUAUCUCCAUCGACAACAUGGUGUACUAUGGAGCUUGGGAUGAUAAGGGAAAAUCUGUGGUGAUGAGCUUUGACUUUGCUAAUGAGGACUUCGUUGUGAUUGAAAUCCCUCCUAAUGCUGGCAUCUCCUGGGGGAUUAUUCGCAGUAACAUUAUGAACUACCAAGGGAAGUUGUCAGUUUUCGAGUAUUCUCAAGCUGUUGCUGAUGUGACUUUGAACCUGUGGAUCAUGGAGGAUGCUAGGAAGAAGAUAUGGUCGAACAAGACUCUGCUCUUCUCCCUUCCCCUUGACUAUUUCUCGGACUUUGAGUUGUCGAAGGUCAUAGCGGGCACCGAUCAACGUGGUGAGCUUAUGCUCUCAAAUUAUUUGGAGAUGUAUGGCCCGGCUUUCUGUGUUACAUACGAUUUGGAAAAGAUGAAAACAACAAAAAGCUUUAAGUUUUUUCCUUUGGGUCAUGUUCUGGGUGGAAAAAAGGGAUGGGGGCUGGAUACGUUUAUUUGGGAGGAUGAUAUUGAGAAAAUUAUGUAUUUGGAGACUUGA